ACCCCUGUUCUACACCACCAUUGCCCCACUUCUAAAUCCCUUGAUUUACUGCCCGAGGAAUGACCAGGCGAAGCCAUAGUUAAGAGGAAGAAGCAUUCUGUGCUGCCGAGGGAGAAGAAGAUGUAGAACUGGAGGAGGUAGGCAUGGAAAGAAACGUUCCCCUUUGAAGUUACCAGGUCAUAAAACAUACGAGGCAUGCUUGUGCUCACAUAACACAUCUCCAGCCAGGAGAAGUUACUCAGAAAGACAUACAUGAGAAGCUGAGCCAAGUGGGAAACUAGGAACACAAGGACGAUAAUGACAAUGUUCUCUGCCAAAGUCAGGAUGUAGAGAACAACAAAAAUAACAAUGAGCAGACGACGUAUCUGGUGCUGACCAUCAAAGCCCACCAAAAUAAACUCUUGAACUUUGUUCUUAUUGACCAACUCCAUCUGGAAGGCAAAGAUAAAAAGAUCCACAUUACAUACCGGGAAAAAGUUUCAUCUUCCCAUCUUUCUGUUUCCACCGAAAGGAGAAACUUGACCAACCAUGCCAUGUGACAUCUGAGUGGGAAGUCCCCUGAACCAGGGGUCUCCAACCUUGGCAACUUUAUGACCGGCAAAGCUGGCUGAGAAACUCUGGGAGUUGAAAGUCCACAAGUCUUAAAAGAGCCAAGUUUGCAGACCCCUGGGCUAAACUGACAACAUUCUCACUUACAGACUUCAGAGGAUAAUUAGAACUGCAGAAAAAAUAAUUGCUACCAACCUGCCUUCCAUUGAGGACCUGUAUACUGCACGAAUCAAGAAGAGGGCCGUGAAAAUAUUUACAGAUCCCUCACAUCCAGGACAUAAACUGUUUCAACUCCUACCCUCAAAACGAUGCUAUAGAGCACUGCACACCAGAACAACUAAACACAAGAACAGUUUUUUCCCAAAGGCCAUCACUCUGCUAAACAAAUAAUUUCCUCAACACUGUCAAACUAUUUACUAAAUCUGCACUACUAUUAAUCUUCUCAUCGUUCCCAUCACCAAUUUCUUUCCACUUAUGACUGUAUGACUGUAACUUUGUUGCUGGCAAUCUUUAUGAUUUAUAUUGAUAUAUUGACCAUCAAUUGUGUUGUAAAUGUUGUACCUUGAUGAACAUUUCUUUUAUGUACACUGAGAGCAUAUGCACAAAUCCCUUGUGUGUCCAAUCACACUCGGCCAAUAAAAAAAUUCUAUUCUAUUCUAUUCUAUUCUAUUCUAUUCUAUUCUAUUCUAUUCUAUUCUAUUCUAUUCUAUUCUAUUCUAUUCUAUUCCAUUCCCUUCCGUUCCCUUCCCUUCUCAUAUCAUCAUCCCAUCUCAUCUCAUCAUCUUAAAAUAAAGACUAAUAUUACUACUUUUCUCAUCAUCUCUACUUUUCUUGUGCACCAGAUCUGGACAUAUGAAAUUAGCAUGACAAAUGCCAUCCUGGGAUGUCUCCGAAUCUGUGGUAAGGAAUUCUGAUUUACAAAUUUUGAGGACUAAUUCAGGAAUAAUCAAUCCAAUUUCUUCAAAUAAAGAUGUUGGAUUAUACUCCUGGUAGUGAAACUGGUGGGAUGUGUUGCAAACUGAUACAUAGAUAAUAAUGGGUUUGGGGAAAGUAGCUUGGGUAGAACGUAUAAUAUUUCAGUGACCGUUAGGAAUUGCAUUUAGGAGUGGCCUUAGAAAACUUGGGUGAUGGGACAAAUAUAUAAUAUAUGGUCCACCUUUAGAUUCCUUAUCACUCUGAGAUCUCUUUUUACUUUCUGGAAAAAUGUUCUCAAAUCUUUGCUAAACUCUCAAUUUUUUUUCUUUUUUACAAGUAGCGGUAUUCCUGCCCUUUGAGUAGCUGACUGGCAUAGAGGCAUUAAGGUUCAUGCCAUCAAUAGGUCUGUUGGGUGAAAGGUUAGAUGGACCAUUCUGGUAGGCAUGCCAAAAGGAAUUGUCUAUCUGGAUUUAGUAAUGGAGAACAACAACAGAGAGUUUUCAAGUUAGUGAGUGUAAAUUCCAGCCAGGAUUAGUCCAUAGUGAUCUUGGACUUUCUGUAGACAUGGACUUCAGUUCCCAGAAUUAGGCAAAUGCUAUGGCAAUUACUGAGAAAUCUGAAAGUUGAAUCCACAUGCCUAGAGGCCACACAAAUUGGGGAAUAGCAUGGCUUAUUUGAGAUAAUUUUCCCAUGCUUAGUGGACAUGGGAAAAUAACUGGAAAAAAUAAACUCUGUUGCAUUUAAUGGAGAAAUAGAUGGUGAAGAUGAUGCAUUUGCUGAGAUGACCCAAUAGAUAGCUUUAACUGAGAGAAAGGAAAGUAUCUAAGUUUGAUGCGGAUUGGGAACUCUUUGUUGACUUUUUGUGUGAAACUGGAAAAAAAAAUCAAAUUAUGAAAUAUGUCUUUGAUGAUUUGACUAAAAAAAACUAUAGAAAAAAUAUAAGCAAUGUUAUAACAAUAGAGUAAUAGGUUAAAGUACAUCUAUACUUAUAACAACUAAAAAAUCCCCCAGAAAUCAUUUGUUUAUAUUUUUUCCUUUCUUUUCUCCACAUUGGUUUUCCUCCCUCCUUCCUUCCCUCCCUCUCUCCCUCCCUCCCUUUCUCUUUCCUUUUCUUCUAAGCAGUUGCUAGUUUCUAUCUUUCAUCAUAACAUUUUAAUAAAGUUGGGGAGAUGGACAUUACAAAGUUUCAUUCAGAAGCUGUUUCCCCAAUGUGUGAUCCUCAUAUCAACAGAGGCAUAAUUCUUUGGAUCAAGUCAACCAUACCAGGGUGACGACGGGCUUCGUCCUCCUGGGCUUCCCAUCCCUUUCGCCCUCAUUCCAGCUGCUGCUGUGCUCCCUCCUUGCCAUUUGUUAUGCCUUCACCUUGGUGGGGAACCUCUGCAUCGUGUGGGCUGUUCUCUUGGACUCUCGACUCAGCCGCCUGCCCAUGUAUAUUCUCCUGGGAAACUUUUCUGGCCUAGAGAUAUGCUACGUAACCACCACAGUACCCAGGAUGCUCUUCGAUCUGACCUCUCCGCUACCAGAUACCAUUUCUUUCCAUGGCUGUUUCCUCCAGUUCUAUUUUUUCUUUUCUAUGGGAACCACCGAAAGCUUCCUUCUUGCGGCAAUGGCCUUAGACCGAUACUUGGCCAUCUGCCACCCAUUGCGAUACCCAGUGCUCAUGUCUCCAAGGUUCUGCUGCAUCCUGGCUGCUUCCUGCUGGUCCUCUGGCUUUCUCUGGUUUCUAGCACCCAUCAUUUUGAUUUCCCAGCUCCAUUUCUGUGGCUCCAACAUCCUCGACCACUUUAUCUGUGAUCCAGGACCACUCUUGGCUUCGUCCUGCACUCCAGCCCUCAGCACAGAACUGGCCUUCUACAGCCUCAGCUCCAUUGCUAUUUUUGGUGUGUUCCUCUUCAUUGUUUCCUCCUAUGCUACUCUCUUCUGGACAGUAAUGAGAUUGCCUUCAAGCACUGGGAGACGGAAGGCAUUUUCCACUUGUAGCUCACAUAUGCUGGUGGUAAGCCUCUUCUAUGGCUCCAUCAUGGUCACUUAUGUAGCCCCCAAAGCUUCAGGAGGAAGCAACAAAGUGGUGACACUUUUCUAUUCGGUGUUGACCCCUUUGCUCAACCCACUCAUCUACAGCUUGAGAAACAAGGAGAUGAAAGAUGCUAUAAAAAGGACACUAUACCAGGAAAAUUAGAGACUGUGAUUCAUGGAUGGUUAGUCUUUCUGCUUUCUAGGACCUUUCUGCUUCUAGGAUCUUUCUACUUCUAGGAUCUUUUAUACUUUAAACUAAAUCAUUUUUAUGGGUUUUCAAGUACAAAAAUAAUCCAAACAACGAAGAACUAGAGUACAAUGACAGUAUGCUCUUAGUUUAAAUACUAUUAUGGAAUAAUGAAAAUUACCAUCCUUAAAGAAUAGUAAUGUCAACUGUAUUUGAAAUAUUAUUUGGUAGGGCACUGUAUCUUGUCCAUGUCUUCAUAAUUUUCCAUUUUUCCACCUCAGUCUGUUAACUGGUAAUAAGAAGGUUUUACUCUUUCUGUGAAUAAUAUUGUUGCUAAUAAAUUAUAUUGUCUUGAAGCCACACAAACAUUGGUGGAUAUUCUAGGUUGUUGGAGAACCUUCUAAAAUAUUCAGGGAAUAAUCAAAUUAAAUGUUAAUUAAAUGUAGUAAAAUUUUUAUUUGGGUCCAUGUAUUUUAUUUUAUUUGGUAUUUGACCAGAAAAAAACUCCAUUAUGUCUACUUCAGCAAAAUAAUCUAAACUAUGAAACUGUUGAAAAGCAGACAAAUUAAAUAAUGAAAAGUUUCAGUGAGCAACUCAAACAUCUAUCUAUCUGUUUGUGCAUGUAUUUGUGAAUUGUUAUUAGCUAUCCAAAUUUACAUAAGAAAAAUUGGGAAAAAGUAUAUAUAUUCAUUCAAAUACUGAUAGAAGAGAACAUUUGUAGCUCAGGGUUGAACUGUGGUGUCCUUGGUUUUAUUACACGACUAGGUAAUAUCAUCACUGCAAGCAUAACUUUUCGUAAUUUCUUACAUGGCGUCUUCUUCAUUAAUCCCACAACAUAUGUGUGUAUGAAAGACCUCCGACCUCCUGUGUAGCUUUCUUAUAUAGUAAUUGGUAAAUAAGUAAAUAAAUUACCUUCUUUCCUUGUA